CUGAAGUGAAAAGAUGAGGAGCGACCACAAGGCGUGAGCGUCCCGCCGUGUGACUUUUAUGACUGUGACUUCAUGACUGGUGUGUUUAGUCCCGGCUGGUGGAGUCAGAAUGGAGGAAGAGGAGCAGCUGCGCUCUCUGAUGUUCCUCAUGACUUACAUGCUGCUGAAGCGCAGGAGAGACAUGAACGACGCAAACAUCCAGAGACGCAACGAGAUCCAAAGACGCAUCCGACACCGACAGUACUUCUUCCAGAGACAGAGGAGGAUGCUCAUGAUGAUGCUCGCAGGAGGCAUCCGCUCCAACGCCCGCAUCCGCACUCGUCCCUGGACCAACACUCCGAGCACGGAUUGGUGGGAGCGGGUGGUGAUGACAGAAUUCCAGCCCUCUGAUUGGCUGGAUAAGUUCCGCAUGAGCCGGGAGACGUUCUUCUACCUCUGUGACAAGCUGAGGCCUCGUCUGGCUCGCCAGGACACCAGCUUCCGCCUGGCGCUGCCGGUGGAGAAGCGCGUGGCCGUGGCUCUGUGGCGCCUCGCGUCCAACAUCGAGUACCGCACCAUCAGCACCUUGUUCGGCGUGGGGAAGUCCACGGUGUGCAGGUGUGUCCGAGACAUGUGUCACGCCAUCGUGGCGCUGCUCAGCUCCAUCUACCUGCGACCCCCCAGUGAGCAGGAGCUGGAGGAUUCAGCUCAGCUCUUCCAGGCCUACUGGGGUUUUCCUCACUGUGUUGCUGCCAUUGCAACACUCCACACAGCGAUCAUCACCCCGUCAAACAAUGCGUCUGACUACGCCAAUCCUGCUGGCUGGCUCUCAGUGCUGUCUCAGGUGGCAGUUAGCGGCCGUGGACAGUUCUGGGAUGUGUGUGCCAGUUUUCCAGGCGGAACAGAUCCAGCAGACAUCUUACAGAACUCCUCGCUGUGGGCCACAGCCGCAGAAGGUGGACUGUCACCUGUCCCACCACCUGUCUUCAUGGGGAAGCCACUCAGGUAUGUGUUGCUGGGGGAGGCCUGCUACCCUCUGCAGAGCUGGCUGAUGAAGGCCUAUCCUGAGGAAAAGAGCCGGAGGGCGAGUCACGCAGCGCUGACGGAGCCUCAGCAGCUGUUUAAUCAGCAGCUCACCAGAGCGCUGCGUGUUUCCGACGAGGCGCUGCUGAGGCUGAGGGCCCGCUGGCAGUGCCUGAGCAAGAGAAACGACUGCGGGCUGGACGUGGUGCCCACCAUGAUCCUGGCUUGCUGCAUUCUGCACAACAUGUGCGAGUCCCACGGAGACGCUUUCAAAGCAGAGUGGCAGGUGGAGGUGGCCGAGGCGGAGAGCCCCCAACCAAGCCACAAGCAGCUCCUCUCCACUAGCAUGGACCAGAGUAAUGCCGAGGAGGUCAGACGCCUCUUCUGUGAAUAUUUUGAACAGCAAAGUGACUGAGAAGGGACUAAAAUGAUGAAAAUCCCUGUAAACUUUUGUACUUGUUGUAUUUUCCUAAUUAUACCACCAACAUGUGUGUACUAUAGGAAUUAAAAUCUCAUAUUAUAUUCCGGGCUGCAAGGUG